AUGAGGGCUGAAAUUCUCUCCUUUUGGCUCUCGUCUCUCUCUCUUGUGAUUGAACAUUCAUACAGUAGUAGGGAUUCAAGAAUCAGUGCUUCUCAGAGACUUUCACAUGAAUUUCGGGGUACUCAUGGCCGGAGUACUAGCAAGCGACUUCCAUUCGACCCAAAAACCACGCCAAUUAAAGUCACUGGUGAGCACUCUUUCAUCCCACCCAACUUCGACGCGGGUGACCAGCGCGGGCCUUGCCCAGGUCUUAAUGCACUUGCCAAUCAUGGAUAUAUUGGGCGAAAUGGGGUCACAAGUGUGAUCUAUGGAAUAGGAUUAGACCUCGGUGGAGUGCUUGCAAUCAUGGGCACAGUCUUUGUUGGAAAUCCUUUGGACACCCCAGGCCCCGUUGAAUCACACAACUUUAUUGAAUCCGAUUCUUCCAACACCCGCAACAACUUGUACGUUACUAGAGAUUGUGCUACGCUUGACUUGGAACUUUUUGCAGACUGGUACAAUAUGGCUUCGGAUCCUAUCGGGGAUUUCAACAUGGACCUGAUGGCGGAACGAGCAAACUUUCGUUUUCAGCAGACGAAAGCAACAAAUCCGAACUUCUAUCAUGGACCGUAUACAGGUUUGGUCGCAAAAAAUGCGGGAUACAUCUUUGCGGGACGGUUGUUCGCAAACCAUUCUAAAUUCACUUAUAAUCGAGGUUGGGAAUCAAUCCCACAGAAAUGGUAUCGAACACCUGUUGAUUACGGCCUCGUCCAGUUGGAUUUGGACAUAGUGUCCUGGAUUUUGGAAUAUCCAGAUCUUGGAAGGGUCAACAGUUUUACGGGUGUUAACUUUGAGGACUUGACAGGUGGAAUCUUGAAUGCAGAGACUCUUCUCGAAGGUAACAACUUUCUCUGCUUUGUUUUCGAAGCCGCUCCAUUAAAGUUCAUUACGGACACUUUGGUUUCUGCUCUCACGAGCCUCGCUUGUCCAGCUUUGACCGACUCGAAAAUUGGUGGGCAAGGGUUUGAGGAUGCCAUUAAAACAAUGAUUCCUGGUGCAAGAAAAAGUGGUGGCGCUUUUUAA